AAGGGCUCGAAGAGGAGGAAGGUCAACCAUGCCUGUCUGUAUUGCAGGAGGAGCCAUAUGACCUGCGACGAGGGGAGACCAUGUCAAAGAUGUAUCAAACGUGAGAUUGGACAUCUUUGCCACGACGAACGCCGCCCCAGCAAGUCCGACAAGCAACCCUCUGCAGAGUCGACCACUCAAAUCGCAGCCGGAUCCUCGUCGUAUGCCUCCCAAUCUGUCCCAGCGGCGGGGUGGCCCAGUAUGGCCGUCGCGCAGACUGGGUACAUGUACCCCCAGUUCGAGACUUUCGGCAAGGAAUUCUCCGUCCUCUCUGACUUUCUCGACACCCUCGAUGAACAAGCCUUCUUCAACCCGUCCACAGCCGUCGCGCCCUCUUCCCUCGUCUCUGGCGCUCCGUAUGGUAACCCAGACCUCGACGCUGUCGCUCCCACUCUGCCAUCCCAGCUCGGUGCUCAGAGCUCGCAGCAGAAUCAGAUACAGGAUGCCUCUGCCCAGCAGACGCAGACGACUCCUCAGCAGCAACAGCAACAGCUGCAGCAGUCGCCACAGCAGCAGUCUUCGCCCAUACAGGACCAGACGAUCGUCAACUUGUUCUCCGGGACUAGUAUGGCGGAGAAAUUCCUUCUGACGGCGGCGGACCAGGAGCCGGGAUCGCGCGACGAGCGGCUCAAGCGGGUCAUUAAGACCAAGUACGAGGCGGGGCUGCUGAAGCCGUACAACUAUGUCAAGGGUUACGCUCGGCUGUCGCGAUGGAUGGAUAGAAACGUGUCCCAGGAUUCAAAACAACAGAUUUUGCAGCCAUUAUCCGUGCUGAGGCCGAAGUUCAGGGCUAUCGCUCAAUCUCUGCGCGAUAUUGAUCUAGUGUUUAUUGAAGAGGCCUUCGAGCGCCUCUUGCUAGACUAUGAUCGUGUGUUUUCAGCGAUGGGCAUUCCCGCGUGCUUGUGGCGCCGUACGGGCGAGAUCUACAAGGGCAACCGCGAGUUCGCGGAGCUUGUUGGUGUAGAUGGAUAUAUGCUGCGCGACGGCCGAUUAUGCAUCUACGAGCUCAUGGCUGAGGAGUCUGCCAAAUAUGGCAACGUGGCGUUCGACUCGACGCAAAAAGCCGUGCUCACGUCGUGUGUGCUCCGGUUCAAACCCAUGAUCAGCUCAAACUCGGGCACGGGCACGCCUGGCAAGCGAUUGCAGCUCGGGACGACGCCAAAUGAGGACGGCUUCAUCAACUGCUGUUUUUCGUUCACGAUCCGGAGGGAUACGUGGGGCAUUCCCAGUAUGAUCGUCGGUAACUUUAUCCGAUGCUAG